GAGACGAAAGCACACACACACACACCCACACACACAUUCGCAGGUCCCCAGUGGUCACAUGACACACACAUCCGCUUUGACACAUUCAUACUCAGACGGCUGCUGUCAUGCUGUCUGGAUUCAGUGGCAGCUAUGAGUGAAGGCAGAGUGAGUGCAGGACCAUGACCUCUAACAUGAACCGUAAGACUAUCCUGCAGCAGCAGAAGAGCCUGGACACUUGCCUACAGGAAAAUACCUCCAGGAAAGGUCUGCGCUGGAGACGGGGAUCUUUAAAUAAUGGAAAACAGUCUAAAAACAGUGUGUCCUCUUCAGGGACGCUGACCCGCGGACGAGACCAGCUGAGCCGAUCAUAUUCCAGCUCUCUGGUGGACUAUACAGAUCCUCAGAGGACGACGGUUGUGUUGGAAAAACAAGACAAUGAAGCGUUCGGAUUUGAAGUCCAGACGUAUGGGAUUCAGCUGAAUAACACCAAUGAGUUGGAGAUGUGUACGUUUGUCUGCAGCGUGCAGGAUGGUAGUUCUGCAGAGACUGCAGGCCUGACUGCGGGUGACAUAAUACUGACGGUAAAUGGUGUCAUCAUCAAAGGGUUUACCCAUCACCAAAUCAUUGAACUGAUCCGAGAGUCUGUCAACAUGCUAAAGUUGGAGACAGUCAGUGGCAGCGUGGUCAAAAGAAUUGAACUAGAGAAGAAGAUGCGCAUGCUCAAGCAAACCCUACAUGAGAAAUGGUCGGAACUGCAGGCACUCACCAUACAGGAAAAACGUCUUACUCGAGAUAAUCUGAACGUCAGCUCUGCGCAUCCAUCCAUGGAGUCUCUCAUGUCUCUGUCAUCACCCACUAGUCGGUCUGGACAUCGUUUCUCUAGUGACAGCAGCUGGCCGAGCACGUUGACAGAUGAGGUCUGCGAGGACGUGUUCGAUGACCUCAGCCCGUGCAGCCCACACAAAAUCAACUGCGAAUUAUUCACCACUAUAUUUCAGCCAGAGGAGGCGCAGCCGAGGGCGACUCUGGCACGAACCCGCAGCAUCAGCAGCGGCAGCAGCAGCACCAGCUGCCAGUCGCCCACGUGGGAUAACAGACGAACGUGCUCAUCCUCCUCGUCCUCCAGCGUGUUCGCCACGCUGCCUCGCCGAGGGAGGAAAGGCAGCAUGAGAAAAAACCUGCUGAAGUUGUUACCAGGACUGAACUAUUCUCUCGAAGAAGAGGAGACCACCUGAAACAGACUUCUGGCACGGGGCCGAAAAAAGUGGAAUUCUUUACCGCGAAUGUACUGUAUCUGUACUGUAUACUGUAGGUGUAAAAAUGUGGACGGUGGACCUCUGAUGUUGGAAAGACUCUUCAUGAAUUGUCCAGGCCAAUACUGAUAUGUCUGAAAAUGCCAUUUUCAUAGGUUUUUCUCUCCAGAUUGACAUGCAGAAACGACAGGAAGCCACCUCUACAGUGAGCAUGUGCAACUUUGCACACAUUACCUGAGCCAGAUUGUUUAUGCAUUUCAUGUUGAAGCUAAACAGUUUGAUGUGGCCUGCACCAGAAAAGAAGGGGAAGCAAGAAAAAAAAAAGAAAGAGAGA